CCAAUCGUUGAAUGCAAUAGGGGUGGAACUUCCGGCGGGCGCAGGAAGUUAGACUGUCUUCAAUCUCGGUUUUUUUCCCCUUAUCCCGGGAUAGUAUACCUAUUAUCAGCGGGUGUCCUGCCGCCUGACAGGCGUCCCCUUGUUCUAGCUCCCCCUUCCUGUUCCCACUCUCCAGUGCAUACUUGUCACGCACGUUGUUUUGUUUUUUUUUCCUUUCCAUUUUUACCGCCCCGUCUUCACUAAAGGAAAUUCCUCUCCUCUAUUGACAUCCACUGGGAACCUUGCUAUUAUCUCUCGGAGCUAAAGAAAACAGACCGUGAGGGGAGACUGGUGACAUCCUGACAGGUUGCCUGAUUUUUGGGUAGUUGACGUGACGCAUGUGCACUUGUGGACUUCCUAACAUUCUAGUGCAUCUAUUAGAAAGCUUCUAGCAGCAUUAAAGCUUUUAGGAGUGACUCGUUCUUUCUGAAGAGCCAAGAAGCAGACGGCUCAUGACUUCAGAUCAGGACACUAAAGUUGUGGCUGAACCGCAGGUGCAGCAAGUUCAAGAAGCUAAAGACAGUUCUCAUUUCCAUGUGGUUGACUUUGUCUGUACAGAGUUACUAUUUUUGGCUUGUGGGCAGUCUCCGGGGUCAGCUGUACUGAUUCUUAUGGUAGAUUCAUUAAAUCAUCUACGAAGAGCAGUAGAGCAUGCUUUUAUGAUGGGUUGUUGUUUCAGUAAAGAAUUGUCUCCAGAAAAAAAUAUUGAAAAGACUGGAUUAUUUAGCACAUCAUCAAGCGAAGAUGUUGGGAAAAAUCCUGCUUCAGAAAAAGAGAUCCCUGAUUUUUAUAUGGGUGAAAAUUCCUCAAGCCAGCUGGCUAAUUUAUGUGAUGCUACUGAAACUCCUUUGUCUGUUACAGGCAUCUCAGCACUUGAAACACAUGCAAUUUUUAAUGGUACACACUAUCCUUCUUACAGCAGUAUGGAUAACACAGACCAUAUUCAUCUUUUACAGGGAAUGAACAGAAAAAGGUCAGUUAACUUUCUAGAUCCGUUAAAUUGUGCAGUGAACAUUUUAAGUAAAUACGAGCGCUUAAAUACAGAAAUCGAAAACUGUGAUAACAAUGAUUCAGGGACUUUAUAUAGACAAGCAAGUGAUGGUAAACUGUGCAAAGAAGAAAUAUUUAUUUCUGCUGCUGAAGUUUCAUGGCCUCCCUCCAGCCAUGCUUCUCAUUCUCACGGGUCAUUGAUCACAGAACAAAGCUUGCAGGAAGUUUGUUUACUAAAAGAAAAUGAUUUGCACACAAACCUAAUUGCAUGUGAGAGUGUAUUAGCAAAUACAGGAAUAAAUGAAAGUAGUGAAGCUGACCUCAUUAGCGACAGAAACAUACCGCACAUUAUACUGAAGAAGCACUUGGCUGAAAGCUUGCUUUACUCUAUUGAAGAUAAACAAAAUAGAAAUUCAAGAACUAAUCAGUUUUAUAGUAUUUGUAUUAUGGACGACGAAGAUGUGACACUAGAUGAAGAUACUGACAUGCUUCCUUCUGUACAUCAUUGUGAUAAUAUCACUUUUAAUGACUUGUCUACUACAAUGGGAAUCAUGUGUGACACGGAACAAAGAUCACUAGUAUUAGAUCUCGAACCACAUGCUAAAGUGCCAAGUGACAAAGAAUGCAUACAAGACCUGAUUGAUUUAGGGAAAGUUAACAGUGCUGAAAAUGUUAACAAAACUGUUUUUUUAACAUCUCCAAGUUUACCAAAUUCAGUUUUGUUUGAGCCUCAAAAAAAAGAAAGAAAUUGUUACAUGAAUGAUCAUGAUGAUUUUUUAUGUGAUCGUAACUUUGAGGUAGUAAACAAUUUGUUUAAUACCUUUAGUUCAUUGUCUCCCUCUAGAGAUCUUGAAAUUAAAUCAGAGCAUGAAUAUUUUAAUGGCACUAAAGACUGUAGUAACCAAUCGGACUUUACAGAGACAGUUAAUAAUGUAGUUCUAGAUGAUGUUUUUGAUGCUGUAAAAGAAAAUUCUGAGAAUGAGUCAUCAUACUUACUGCAUUGUCUCAGUGAGCCCUUGCAGUCUAAUAGUGACCAAAGCAGAGAGAAUGGGUGUUGUGACCAUAUUCUAAAUCAGACCUCUGACACCCAGCAUCCUUCCCUCUUUUCUAACAAUAUGGAAACCAUAUCAAACCCAAAUGAAAAUUCUCUAUUCCUAAAGGUAGAGGAGAAUGAUACAGUUCCUAAAAAAUGUUGUUUUUCAGACACUUGUAUCCAACAAAAUGAAGCCCAUUUGGUUAGUGUUGCAAUUGGUAAUCUAGAUUUACAGGAAUCAAAAUCUCAGUGUUUCCAAGGAGAUUCUAAAGAGGAUAUUGAUAUAAAAGAUCCUAUAUCUAGCUCAUGCACUUUGAAAGCUGAUUUUGAAACAUCCAACAGUAAAGAGGAAAGAACCUGUCUCAAUACCUUUUUAAAACAGACUAUGCUGAAUGAUCAGCAACUUCUCAAUGCUGCAACAUAUUUUGUGGAACAGAGUGUUCUGUGCACUGAUCUGUCAUCGUUUAAUGCAGAAAAAAAUAAUACUCCCUUGACAUUUAACCCCUUUCAAAAAGAAGAGUGCAGCUUACUUCCAGAUUUGUCUCAAUUGUACGACGUACACAAUAGUUGUGAAAUGGUUGGCAAUUGCUCAGAGAGUAUACAGGUUGAAAACAAGCAAUCAGAAAGGUCAAUGAUUAACCAAGAACCAAAUGAAAGCUGCAAAUUGCCAGAUAGUGUGCAAUCUGAAGUAGAGUGCUGUAUUAACCUAAAUGAGAAUAUGAGAGAGACCUUUAGUUCUAAAACACCUCAAAUUGUUUGUCAGAAUUUUGAGCCUUUGGAUGCUGUUAAUUUUUAUGCAAGCCAGGUCAUUAAUGAGGAUUCUGCUAAUGUCAAUUUGCCAUUUGAACGUGCCUUGAUCUGCCCAUCUCUUUUGAGAAAUGAUGUAAUAUGUGACAUAACCUAUUUCGAUAUGUCUCCAUCUGUUGGAAACGCUCCAGCCAGUAUACAAGACGUAUCCUGCACCAGUUGUGAAAAUCCUUUAUUUCACACUAAUGCAUCAAAUGCCAUUAGCUUUUCAUCCAACAAUAUCAAUGUGUACAAUGACUGUACAGAGGCGGCACCAUUACAGACCAGUACUUUUUGGAGCAGUGAAAAAAUCAGUUUCUGUAUUAAAGAUGAAAUUGUGAAAAAACAGACAGAUGCUAGUAAUUGGCAGUUAAUGGAAGCUGAAGCUAAAAACCAUAGCAGUGAUCUAACGAUUAUAAAUGAUGCAUUGGUUGAUUUGGUGCAUUGUGCAAAUGAGAGAGAUUAUGACCAACGCCAAGUUGACCAAUAUGCCGCUACACCAUCAUAUGAAAUUCACCAACCAUCUAAUAGCUUGAUUGAACACAAACAAAAUGAGCAUUGCAUUGAUGAAUAUGUGUUGGAUUUUAUGCAAGACUUUCUGGGCCAGUCUCAAAAUAAAACAAUGGAAGUAUCCCACGGUGGUGUUAAUGAAAACAAUCUGCUUCCCAGUGUGCUCUGUGAUGAACAUUUCAAUGCCAUAGCUGAUUACAGUAAGGGCUCUUUGUGGCAUAAUUCUGAAUCUAAAGAUUUAAAUGGAUCUUUCCAAUACAAGUGCAGUAUUGACACCUUCAAUAUGUCAUGUUAUCCAGAUGGGGCACGUCCUCCUUUUCAGUUAUUGAAUCCAGAAUCCAGCAAUAUCUGGGGAUGGCAAGAAAUGUGCGUUGAUUCUGAAUCAACCAAGGUUUCUGAACUAAACCCUAAUGCUAAAGUAUGGGGAAAUCACAUGUUACAUUUGGAAGCAAGUGGUGCAGAUAAUGGGACUGAAGGACAAUCUUGGGAUGAGUUUACAGAUGAUCCUCCAGAUUCCUCAAAAGAAGGACUAAAUGCCAAUGGAGAAAGUGACAAAAAAUGUCACAAUGCAAUGUUAACAGUCUUGACUGAAGCAUCUUUAUCUGUGCCCGACCAAAAAGAUAUGAGUACUGUAUCUCUUGGAAACUCAGAAUAUGAAUCUAUGCAUGAAAGCUCCUCUCCAGGAGCAAAUGAUUUACCACAGCCAGAAGGUCAAGAAGACCUCCGUGAAGUGCUUAAAAAAACACUGGAAUUUUGUUUGUCUCGUGACGGCAAGAAUGCUAAAAAUGAUCCAGUACUUUUGGAGGUGGAAGCACUUUUCAAGGGAGAAAGCUUGCCUAAAUUUAUUAACUGUGAGUUUGCCUAUAAUGACAAUUGGUUCAUUACAUUUGAAUCAGAAGCUGAUGCACAACAGGUAACACCGUUUCCGAAUACUGGAUUUAUUAAUGGGUUUACGUCUCCUACAUUUAAGCCAACUGCAUCACCUUUAACUUCCCUUAGACCGUACACUCCCAGAAACAGGAAUCCUGGCAAAUCACAUUUGCGGCAUACAAUACCUAAUACAGAUAGAGGGACAGGACUUCUUGAUGGACCGACUAUCUUUAACUUUACUGCUGAUAGACUAAUCAAUGGUGUUAGGGGGCCACCAGCACGGCAGCAAGGACAAAACCGGACACGAAUGCAAAGUGCAACAACCUUUGUAAAGAGAGAUAAUGGUACUGGUCGAAUCGAACCAACAAAUAUUGAAACCUCUCCAGGACUUGGAAGAGGACGGAAAAACUCUGGCUACAGGAAAAAGCGAGAUGAAAAGUUCUCAGUGAGUGCUUGUAAUCUAUUCUUUAAUAUAAUGCUUGGAAAUGAACAGAAUGUUAAUGUGGAUGCAAGUACAAACACUAUCCCUUCAGGAAUUCCUUGGGAGCCAUUGUUACCUGUGCCGACAGCACUGCCAGGAACCUUCCAGAGCCCUCCAUCUCCAUCACAUUCGCCGGAGGAUCCUAAGAUUGUUGAUGUUCACCAGAGGGAGUCACCAACUAUAGAAAGGAUUUCAGUCACACUUAAUACUGCUAGUAAAUCGGUUCAAGUCAACGGGGCUGCUACAGAAUUAAGAAAACCCAGUUAUGCAGAAAUUUGCCAGCGAACAAGUAAAGAUGCACCGACAUUGCAACCUUCUAAGGAACAGAAGCAAAACACAGCAGUUUGUGCGAAAGAAGAAAGGAAACUUCCUGACACUUCUACAGAGAAAUCAAGGGAUAAUCCUCCAACAAAGUCAAACCCCGGACGACCCAAAGACCAGAGGAGACUGUCAGGCCGCAGGUCUCCGCCGCCUCCUCUAGCUAUUGGAAAAAGAGUAAAUAAAGAACCUGGAAGCCCAUUAAAAUCUCCUCAGUAAAAAAAAAAUGCAAAAGGUGACCUGGUAAAUGAUGCAUUAGUGGUCAUGCCCUUCUCGCAUACAGUGAAUGAGUAGCUGGAUAACAGCUGUUGGCAGUUCACAUUUUGCUUAACUUGCAUUUCCCUCAAUCUUAUUUUGUGAUCCUCAUCAAUUUUCAGCCCCAAUUUUUAUAUAAUAUCCUUAUUGUUUUUGAAUCGAAAACAUAUUUUAUUUGCUUUUCACUAGUUAGUGAACUUGCAUUCAUAUCUCAAAAAGCUUUUCUGUUAAUAUUUUAGAGAGCUUACUUUUCUUUCAUUAGUACGCUUAUUUUGGUGUACGAAAUGGUUGAACAUUUUCUUUCUUUUUUUUAGUUUUCAUUUUUUAAUAUAUGUGUAAAAUGUAGAUUAAACCUGAUAUAAACUUGGAAACAAGUUGUUUUUUGGGUUUUUUUGUUUUGAGUUUUUUGUGUUUUUUUUUAAAUCACAAAAUAAAGUUUAGUCCCUAGAAUGUUAAGGAUACAUUGAUUACAAUAUAGUAGAAUAUUUGUAACUGCCACCAGCCUGUACCCAACUUCUCAUUCCAUCAAUAAGAGUUGAUACAAUCGUGGAUUUCAAAGCACAUUGUUCUUAAAUAAUUUUGGAAGAAAGAGUACAAGCGCUUGUUGGUUUAUCUCAGUGCUCUGUUUAGAGUUUUUUUUUUUUUCCCUCAAAUACGUUAAUCUUUUUGGAAAAGAUUAAUAUAUCUUCCUUAUGGGCUGUUCAUUGUUCAUUUCACUGCUGCACCAGGAAAUUUCUGCGUAGAGCUGACAUCUCCCAUAUCUACAACCAUUUAUUUUUGUGUGAUAAUCUAUUUGCUCUUUAUAUUAAGUGGUGGGAGAUGCCUUUGCCAUAACCACCUGGGAAUGAGUUCUACACUAAAAAGUACUUUCUGAAGGACAAGGAUGCACUAAAUUUAGCUCGUUUCUAAUAAAGAGGCUAAAUUAUUUUACUUUAAAAUGUGUAAGGAUAAAAGUAUUCAGAAGAGCGUAAUGGUCCAUAUAUUAGUAGACCUGAUGCUCAUAGAGUACAGUUUAUUCCACACAAUGUUUAUUUAAACAGCCGUUUUUUUUUCUUUUGUUUUUUUUUUUUGCUUUUCGUUUUUUGAUUAAUUUUUUAAAGAAAUAUUUCCAUCCAAUAUUUAAAGACUUGAAUUUUAUUUAAACUUGAAAAUGACUUUGCCUUAACUUUUGUAUAAGACAGCUUAGAUUUAAUUAAGUCUGACCCAUGUUAAGGGCCAGCAUGAGUGAAAUACAGAAUUACUUGGUUUCAGUAUAUAUGUUAUGACUGAUCUGAGUAAUAACACUGUUGUACCGGAACUAGCAACAGUUUUUGUAAUAUAUAUAUAUGAUCGCAAACAUUUGAUCUUUUUUUUUCUUCUAUUUUUUUUUUUUUUUUUCAGAUUGUUGAAAUGUAAAUGCAAAUAGUCAAUACUGUAUUAAAUAUGUGCACUUGAAAGUAUGUGCUUUGCUUGUACAGUUGUAAAUAAUCAGAACAUAUAAAAAUGGUACCCUACAGAAAAAGCUAAAAAAUUAUUGUUGAUAUAUUAUACAUGUUGCUGUUAAGCUGGAUGUAGAUAAACUAAAUGUUGUGGUUUGGAUAUUUACUUUCAUCUGUUUCAUUUUUGAGUUUUUGUUUUCUUACUUUUAAUUCUGGUGUGUUGGACUAAUUUUGCCUAUUCACUGCAAAAUGGAGAGUUCGAGAGUCUUACUUGGUAAACAAAAACCCUCUUUCUCUUAUCUUCAAAUCUACACAUUUACCUAAUUUUGUGUGUAUAUAGUGACUACUGGACCCUUUUAUCAAUUUAGUAGAUACACAAAGUAAUUUUGCUUUGGAUACGGUUUCUUUUUUUCUUCUUUUUUUUUUAAUGAAAUACUCAAAGGCUGCCAAAACCUUGAACCUUACCACAUUGUCUUUCCAAGAGUCAGUAGCAAUGCCGAUUUUUAAAUACUGACAUGUACCUCCAGUUCCUUCCAUUUUGUUUUAAAGGUUCCACCCACCCCUGAGCUUUUAUUUUAGUUGUUUUCUGUCAAUCAGUUUAUCUCUAGUAUGUUGCAGCUUAAAGUGUAUUUACAUUUUUUUUAAAUAAGUGAAAUUCUUAACCUUACACAAAAUGUAAUUCCUUUCAUGGAAUUCUAUUAUAUGUUUGCAGAUGAGGUCCCUGCUUUCUAUAGAAGGGAGUUUCAAUUGUGUAUAGUACAUACCACUAUAUAUUUUUUUUUUCCUCCGCUGAAAUUUUGAACAUUGCAAUCAAUGAUAACAGAUUUUCAGCUAGGUAACUUGUUCAGGCUGAAACAAUUUUAAUCUGAAAUCAUUAAAAUUCACCCAGUCCACAUGCAGUACAAAAAUGUGCUGUUGCUAACUUUGUUACAUAUUUAAACAAAGAACUGGAACUCCAUAUAGUGUUUGUCCAUUUUGUAUGCAUUUUACAAUCCACAAGAGGUUUUACAGUAUUGGUUGCAGUACUCUUAUGCUGCAUCCAACUUUUAUGCACAGCAAGUGAUAGAGAUUUGAAUUAUAGGAGUUAAUUGUAUUGAGAUCUUCUAAAACAAGUCACAAUGUCACUUUUCCUAUAAUUUUACCAAUACUGGGACAUUGUGCCUUUAAGUAACUAAGAGCAAAUAAAUACUCACUUAGCUGUUGUUGGGUUUGGUGAUCAGCAGUUGAGAGCUGGUGUAAAUCUUUCUGUAUCUCUUGUCUGAUUACAAUUAUUUCUGUACAAAAAACCUUUUACACUAACAGCUGCAGGCAGUUGAAUACUUCUGCACAGCUGCUAUUUUCAUGCAACAGAAAUGUCAUACUUAAACAUUCUAAGGGUUGUCAUUUUGUUCUUUCUUCCAUUAAGACUGGAAUCGAGCUUAUGUGUAAACUUGGUAAUUUAAGUUUGUGACAUACCGUGUAAAAUUGUCUAAUUUGAAAAAAAUGUAGGUUAUGAAAAAUAAAGAUUUAGGCACUGUUGAUAUUUUCUAUUUUAUUCUCCUAAUGAACAAAAUGUGUGUAUGUAUGUAUAUAAAUAUAUACAUACACGUUAUUACUGCUGAUAACUAGUGAUUUCCUUACAACUUGAUUUUUAUAUUUUAAGAACAGAAAUGUGACUAAGAUCCUAAAAUUGCUUUGAGGAUGUUGUGGCAUAGUUUAAAUAAAUCCAUUAUUUUGAUAAAAUAAAUUCACAGCUGUUCUUUAAGGGAAUCUACUAAACAAAAAAAUAUGUUCAAAUUAUAUGUAAUUAUUUAUAAAACAUUUUUGUAUUGAA